UUGAGCUGCUGCGCCGGUUCGCUUGGAGCCAGCCUUGGCGGGAUGGCGGAGGAAGGGGCCGUCGCGGUGUGCGUGCGGGUCCGUCCGCUCAACGACAGAGAAGAAGCUCUUGGAGGAGAUACCCAAGUUUACUGGAAAACUGACAAUAAUGCCAUUUAUCAAGUUGAUGGCAGUAAAUCCUUCAAUUUUGAUCGUGUUUUUCACAGUAAUGAAACUACUAAACAUGUGUAUGAAGAAAUAGCGGUCCCAAUCAUAGAUUCUGCCAUACAAGGCUACAAUGGUACCAUAUUUGCCUAUGGGCAGACUGCUUCAGGAAAAACAUACACGAUGAUGGGUUCACAGGAUUAUUUGGGAGUAAUACCCAGGGCAAUUCAUGACAUUUUUCAAAAAAUUAAAAAGUUUCCUGAUAGGGAAUUUCUCUUACGUGUGUCUUACAUGGAGAUAUACAAUGAAACCAUUACAGACUUACUCUGUGACACUCAAAAAAUGAAACCUUUAAUAAUUCGGGAAGACUUCAAUAGGAAUGUGUAUGUGGCUGAUCUCACAGAAGAAGUUGUUUAUACAUCAGAUAUGGCUUUGAAGUGGAUCACAAAGGGAGAAAAGAACAGACAUUAUGGAAUUACAAAAAUGAAUCAAAGAAGCAGUCGUUCUCAUACCAUUUUUAGGAUGAUUUUGGAAAGUAGAGAGAAAGGGGAACCUUCCAAUUGUGACGGAUCUGUCAAAGUGUCCCAUUUGAAUUUGGUUGAUCUUGCAGGCAGUGAAAGAGCUGCUCAAACAGGCGCUGAAGGUGUGCGACUCAAGGAAGGCUGUAAUAUAAAUCGAAGUUUAUUUAUUUUGGGACAAGUAAUCAAGAAACUUAGUGAUGGACAAGUUGGUGGUUUCAUAAAUUAUCGAGAUAGUAAAUUAACACGAAUUCUCCAGAAUUCCUUGGGUGGAAAUGCAAAAACUCGUAUCAUCUGCACGGUUACUCCAGUGUCUUUUGAUGAAACCCUUACAACUCUACAGUUUGCAAGCACUGCCAAGUAUAUGAAGAAUACUCCUUAUGUUAAUGAGGUAUCAAGUGAUGAAGCUCUCUUGAAAAGAUACAGAAAAGAAAUAAUGGAUCUUAAGAAACAGUUGGAGGAGGUUUCCUUAGAGACUCGGGCCCAGGCAAUGGAAAAAGACCAGUUGGCCCAACUUUUAGAAGAAAAAGAUUUACUUCAAAAAGUACAGACUGAGAAAAUUCAGAACUUAACACGGAUGCUGGUGACCUCUUCUUCCCUCACAUCACAUCAGGAAUUAAAGGCUAAAAGAAAACGAAGAGUCACUUGGUGUCUUGGCAAAAUUAACAAAAUGAAGGACUCAAAUUAUAUAAAUGAAUUUAAUAUGUCAACAAAUAUAACAACACGUAAGGCAGCUAUAACUGUAAUGAGCGAAAUUGAUGAAUCUCUCUGCUCAGACUCUGAUGUUUUCAGUAAUACUUUUGAUACAUUAAAUGAAACAGAGUGGAAUCCAGCAACAAAGCUACUAAGUCAGGAGAACUUAGAAAGUGAGCUGAAUUCACUUCGUGCCAACUAUGAUAAUCUGGUAUUGGACUAUGAACAACUAAGACAAGAACAUGAAGAAAUGGAAUUGAAAUUAAAAGAAAAGAAUGAUUUGGAUGAAUUUGAGGCUCUAGAAAGAAAAGCAGAAAAAGAUCAGGAGAUGCAACUAAUUCAUGAAAUUUCCAACUUAAAGAAUUUAGUUAAGCAUGCAGAAGUGUAUAAUCAAGACCUUGAGAAUGAACUAAGUUCAAAAGUAGAGCUGCUUAGAGAAAAGGAAGACCAGAUUAAGAAGCUACAGAAAUACAUAGACUCUCAGAAGUCAGAAGAUAUUAAAACGGACUUGUCCUACUCAUCGGAAAGCACUGAAGACCUAAAACAAAUGAAACAGACUUUACUUGAUGCUGAAACUGUAGUCCUUGAUGCUAAGAGAGAAUCAGCUUUUCUUAGAAGUGAAAAUCUGGAGCUGAAAGAGAAAAUGAAAGAACUUAGAAGUAGAUACAAGCAAAUGGAGAAUGAUAUUCAGUUAUAUCAAAGACAGUUGGAGGCAAAAAAGAAAAUGCAAGCUGAUCUGGAAAAAGAAUUACAAUCUUCAUUUAAUGAGAUAACGAAACUCACCUCCCUUAUUGAUGGCAAAGUUCCAAAAGGUUUGCUCUGUAAUUUGGAACUGGAAAGAAAGAUUACUGAUUUCCAGAGAGAACUAAAUGAAAAAGUUGAAGAAAAUGAAGCUUUGCAUAAAGAAGUUAAGUUGCUCUCAGCGUUGAAAUCUUUACCCUCAGAAAUAGAAAUGCUGAGGAAAGAGAUACAUGAUAAAUCUGAAGAGCUCUGUAUAAUAACAUCGGAAAGAGAGAAGUUGAAUUCUGAAGUAGUUCAAAAGGAAAGUAGAAUUCAAGAUUUACUUGAAGAAAUUGGGAAAACUAAAAAUGACCUAGCAACUAUCCGAUUGAAUUAUGAAAGCACUGAUCAAGAAUUCCAAGAUUUUAAAAAUCAUCAUAUUGAAUUUGAGCAAAAGUAUAAGAUGGUCCUUGAAGAGAAUGCAAGAAUGAAUCAGGAAUUAGGAAAUCUCUCUGAACAAGCUCAAAAACUUGGUUUAAGUUUGGAUGCUUUGAGCAACACAGAGCUUUCUCCCAAAUCUGAAGAACUUCUACAAAAAGCAACUGAGAGUCAAAAAAGGUUAAAUGAAGUGGAAGAGCUGAAGGAACAAUUAGAAAGUACAGGUUCAAGGCUGCAAACUAUAGAAAAGGAAAAAAUACUGAUUGCUGAGCAACUUCAGCAAACCUUGGUAGAAGUAAGAACCUUAACCCAAGAAAAAGAUGACCUAAAACAACUCCAGGAGAGCCUGCAGAUUGAGAGGAACCAACUCAAAAGUGACAUUCAGGAUACUGUAAACAUGAAUAUAGACACCCAAGAACAAUUACGAAAUGCUCUUGAGGCUUUGAAACAACACCAAGAAAUAAUUAAUACACUAAGACUGAAAAUUGCUGAGAAAACUUCCAGGCAUUUGGAAACAAAGGAAAACCUAGGAGAAGCUAAGGAUGAAUUCCAGGAAGAGAUGGUUGACACAGAUAAAAAACAGAAUUUGAAAGCCAAAAAUACUCAAGCACUGGUUGUGAAUGUUGAAGAUAAUGAGCUAACUGAGCAACAGAGAAAGAUAUUUUCUUUAAUACAAGAGAAGAAUGAACUGCAACGAAUGUUAGAGAGUGUUACAGCAGAAAAGGAACAGUUAAAGACUGAUUUAAGGGAAAAUAUUGAAAUGACUAUUGAAAACCAAGAAGAAUUAAGAAUUCUUGGAGAUGAACUUAAAAAGCAACAAGAUAUACUUGUACAAGAAAAGAACCACACUAUAAAGAAAGAAGAAGAACUCUCUAGGACCUAUAAGAAAUUAGCAGAAGUUGAAGAAACGUUAAAGGAAAAGAACCAACAACUACAAGAAAAACAGCUACAACUUCUUAGUGUACAAGAAGAAAUGAGUGAGAUGCAGAAAAAGAUGAAUGAAAUGGAGAAUGUAAACAAUGAAUUUAGGAACCGAGAAUUGACAUUGGAACGUAUAGAAAUGGAGAGGCUAGAGGUGGCUCAGAAGCUCCAUGAAAAUGAUGAGGAAAUGAAAUCAUUAACCAAAGAAAGAAAUGAUCUAAAGGAAUUACAGGAAUCAUUUGAAUUAGAGAGAGAGCAACUUGAAGGAUUCAUAAGAGAAAUCGAAGUUACAGAUUCUCUUAAUAUCUCAGAACCUCAAAAUAAACAAGAACAGUCCUUUGACAUGAAAGAAAGAGAAGAUGAAGCUGAGGAAAUCGUGAGAGAGUUGGAGCAACUGCAGGAGCAGCUUGAAGCCAAAGAGGCACCACAGCCAAGAGUGGGCAUGGAAAGGCUUGAGAUGUCUGAGAAGCUACAAGAAGUUCUUCAGUCUGAAACUAACCAACUCAAAGAAAACAUGAGAGAAAUCAUAGCUAAACACCUGGAAACCGAAGAGGAACUGAAAGUUGCUCGUUGUCACCUGAAAGAACAAGAGGAAACUAUUGAUAAGCUGAGAGUGAAUCUUUCAGAGAGGGAAACUGAACUAUCCAGCCUUCAAAAGGAAUUAGAAAUAACCAAUGAUGAAUUACAAAAAAAGAUCCAAGAGCUUCAUGAGAAACAGCAAUUUAUGAGCACCAAAGAAAUCACUGAGACUCAGGAAAAAAUGAGUGAACUGGAGCAAUUAAAGGAGCAACUCAGAGUCAAAGAUUCAUCAUUACAAAAUAAAGAAAGCGAGAGGCUCAAGUUGACUGAGAAACUUCAGGAAAGUCAAGAUAAAAUAAAAAUUAUAAUUAAGGAAAGAGAUGAACUGAAAAGGGUACAGGAACUUCUUCAAAUGGAGAGAGACCAACUCAAAGCAAACAUUAAAGAAAUUGUAGCUGAGAUUCAAGAACUUCAGGAGAAAGAGCAUCAGCUUCUUAAGAUGAAAACUGUCAAUGAGACUCAGGAAAAAAUAUGUGAGAUGGAACACUUGAAGAACCAGUUUGAGGCCCAAAAGUCAACUCUGGAAAAUAUAGAAAUGGAGAAUGCAAGGUUAACUCAGAGACUUCAUGAAAACCUUGAAGAAAUGAGAUCUGUUACAAAAGAAAGAGAUGAUCUUAGGAGUAUAGAGGAGAUUCUCAAAGUAGAGAGAGACCAGCUCAAGGAAAACCUGAGAGAAACUGUAAUUAGAGACCUGGAAAAACAAGAGGAACUAAGAAUUGCUCGCAUGCAUGUGAAAGAGCACCAGGAAACUAUUGAUAAACUCAGGGGCCUUGUUUCUGAGAAGACAGAUGAACUAUCAAAUAUGCAGAUGGAUUUAGAAAACACAAAUGAUGCCUUAAAAACACAGAUCCAAGAACUUCAGGAGAAAGAACAUCAACUUCUUAAAGUAAAAAAUGAUCUCAGAGAAAAUAUGUAUCAAACAGAGCAAUUGAAGGAGCAGUUACAGGCCCAACAUUCAACCCUGGAAAGUGUAGAAACUGAGAGGCUGAGGUUAAGUCAGAAACUUCAUGAAAACCUCGAAGAAAUAAAAUGUGUUACUGAGGAAAGAGAUACUCUAAAAAGAGCAGAGAGAACCCUCAGGAUGGAGCAAUGCCAGCUCAGAGAAAGCCUCAGAGAAAAGGAAGCUCAAGAUCUGGAAAAACAAGAAGAACUAAGAAUUGUUUGCAUGCAUGUGAAAGAGCACCAGGAAACUAUUGAUAAACUCAGAGGCCUUGUUUCUGAGAAGACAGAUGAAAUAGCAAAUAUGCAAGUGGAUUUAGAAAAUUCAAAUGCUAAAUUACAAGAAAAGAUUCAACAACUUAAGGCAAAUGAACAUCAACUUUUUAAGCUAAAGGAAGAUGUCAGUGAGACACAGAAAAAGAUGUCUGAAAUAGAGCGAUUGAAGAAACAAUUGAAGGGCCAAAGUUUAACUCUGGAUAAAGUAGAAAUGGAGAACUUAAAUUUGGCUCAGAAACUUCAUGAAAACCUUGAAGAAAUGAAAUCUGUAAUGCAAGAAAGAGAUAAUCUGAAAUUGGAGAGAGACCAGCUCAAGACAAACCUACAGGAAACCAUAGCCAGAGAUUUGGAAACACAACAAGAACUAAAAAUUGCUCUUUUGCAUUUGAAAGAACACCAAGAAACUAUUGAUAAAUUCAGAGAGAGAGUUUCAGAAAAGACAACUCAGAUUUCAAAUAUCCAAAAGGAUUUAAAUAAAUCUAAAGAUGAGUUACAGAAAAAGAUAGAAGAACUUCAGAAAAAAGAGCUUCAACUUCUCAAAAUGAAAGAAGAUGUCAAUAAAACUCAUAAAAAUAUAAACAAAAUGGAACAAUUGAAGCAACAGUUUGAGGCCCAGAACUUAUCUAUGCAAAGUGUGGAAAUGGAUAACUUACACUUGACAAAGAAACUUCAUAAAUGCCUUGAAGAAAAAAGAAUUAUAGCUAAGGAAAGAGAUGAGCUAAGGAGGAUAAAAGAGUCUCUCAAAAUGGAAAGAGACCAAUUCAGAGAAACCUUAACAGAGAUGAUAGCUAGCGACCAACAGAACCAAAAAGAGAUAGUAAAAUAUGAAAAAAAGUUACAAAGUAAUGAAAAACACCACCUCACAGAAAGCCUAAGGGAAAAGUGCUCUAGGAUAAAAGAGCUUCUGAAGAGAUACUCAGAAAUGUAUAAUCAUUAUGAGUGCUUAACUAGACUAUCCCUUGACUUGGAGAAAGAAAUUGAAACCCAAAAAGAGCUUUCAGUUACAAUAAAAGCAAACCUCUCACUUCCACAUUCACAAAUCAAACAAAUUGAAAAACUUCUCGCUGUAAACCAAAGAUGUUCAAUGGAAUUCCACAGAAUCAUCAAGAGAUUUCAGUAUGUGUUAAGCCAGAUUACAAAGAUAAAGGAAGAACAACAUGAAUCCAUAAAUAAAUUAGAAGUGGUUUUUAUUGAUGAAGUGGAAAAGCACAAUGAACUGGUAAUUAAAAUACAGCACCUUCAAGAAGAUUUUGAUGUACCAUCCAGAGAAUUAACGGACCUCAAAUUGAGUCAGAAGAUGGAUCUACGUAUUGAGGAAAUUCUCAAAGAUCUUUCAGAAAAUGAUUUCCACUUACUAAAGACUGAAUUUCAACAAGUGCUAAGUAAUAGGAGAGAAAUAACCCAGUUUUUGGAAGAAUGGUUGAACACUCAUUUUGAUAUAGAAAAGCUUAAAAAUGGCAUCCAAAAAGAAAAUGAUAAUAUUUGUCAAGUGAAUAACUUCUAUAAUAACAAAAUAAUUGCUAUAAUGAAUGAAUCUACAGAGUUUGAGGAAAGAUAUGCCAUCAUAGCCAAAGAAUGGGAACGUGACCUGAAUUCAGUGAAAGAGAAAAAUGAACAACUAUUUAAAAACUAUCAAACUUUGAAGCUCACCCGGACGUCUGGUAUCCCAGUAAAUUCUGCCACAGAAGACAAUAAGAAUCUUCAUGUUACAUCAGGAGCCACACAACUAACCACAGAGAAAAUUCAGGAGCUGGAAGCUUCACUGCAUGAAGCUAAAGAAAGUGCUUUGCACAAGGAAAACAAGAUCGUAAAGAUGCAGAAAGAACUUGAGAUGACUAAUGACAUAAUAGCAAAACUUCAGUCGCAAGUUAAUGAAUCAAAUAAAUGCCUUGAAAAAACAAAAGAAAUGAUCCAAAUACUUCAGGAUAAAGUUGCUUUAGGAGCUAAGCCGUAUAAAGAAGAAAUUGAAGAUCUCAAGAUGAAACUGGUGAAAAUGGAUCUAGAAAAGAAGAAGAAUGCCAAAGAGUUUGAAAAAGAAAUUACUUCUACAAAGGCCACUGUAGAACAUCAAAAAGAAGUUAUAAGGGUACUGAGAGAAAAUCUUAGAAGAAAUCAACAAGCCCAGGAUACCUCAAUUGUAUCAGAAUAUACGGACUCUCAGCCUCCAAACAAACCCUUAACUUGUGGAGGUGGCAGUGGCAUUGUACAAAGCACAAAAGCUCUUAUUUUAAAAAGUGGAUAUAUACGGCUAGAAAAGGAAAUCUCUAAGUUAAAACAGCAAAAUGAACAGCUAAUAAAGCAAAAGAAUGAACUAUUAAGCAAUAACCAUCAUCUUUCCAACGAGGUCAAAACAUGGAAGGAGAGACUCCUUAAAAGAGAGGCUCACAGAGAAGUUACUUGUGAGAAUUCCCCACAGUCUCCUAAAGUGACUGUAACAACUUCCAAAAAGAGGCCGCAUACGCCUUCUCAAUGCAAGGAACGGAAUUUACAAGAUCCUGUGCCAAGGGAAUCACCAAAGUCUUGGUUUUUUGACAGCCGAUCAAAGUCUUUACCAUCACCUCAUCCAGUUCGCUACUUUGAUAACUCGGGUUUAGGUCUUUGCCCAGAAGAACAAAUUGCUGGAGCAGAGAAUGUGGAUCCUCAGCCAGGUCCAUGGCAUGCCUCCUCAGGAAAAGAUGUGCCCGAGUGCAAGACCCAGUAGACUCCUCUACUGUCACUUUUCUGGGGGCCCAGCAUUCUGUGUUUGGAAAUUAUUACUUUAUGUGCCUAUCCCUGGCAUUGUUGUCACAAUCCAACUUAAAUUCAAUUCAGUUUUUACUGUGCCGUUACAAUUAGAAGAUGAAGGAACAGGAGAUUAAUGCAUUCCAGUAAUUUAGAAUGGUGAUAGCAAUAUUUUCUUCUUGAAUGUGGUAAUACUUUAGAAGUCGAAUUGUUUUAUUUAUAUAUUUUGUAAAGCGCAAAAUUAUUGAAGGAAACUUCCAGUCUUUCAUGUAUACAUAAAAUGUAUUCAUUUUUAUUAAUGUAAUGUUAUCCACAUAUGAUUUAGAUAAU